ACGUGGGUUUCGCGUGGCAGAGUUGGUUUUUGGCGCGAUGUCCAACCCGGCGAUCGCCGAGUAUGAAGCCGCGUACAAGUUGCUCAAGGAGCCGUGCGCGUUCGUCACCAAGGGCGCGCACCCGCAUCCGGCGCCGCUGCUCUUCCGCCUCACGGGCAUGGACGAGCCGCUCGCAUGGCCGCUCUGCUCCGCGCAGGCAGCGCAGAUCGCCGCGCUCUACCCCAACAAGCUCAUUUCCGAGUCCGACAUCCACUUUGAAAGCCGAUACCUCAGCGAACGCGAGCACAUUCUCAGCGAGAUCGACCGUGUCCGUCUUCCGCACUUGGGGCCAUCGAAUGGCGCGUUCAUGGAUCUCUCGCACAUGGUCGUGGACGACGUCGGCGACGCCGAUCUCUUUCGCUUGCAGCCGUCCGAUGACGACGAGGCCAACGCGACUACGUUUGGUGUGCUCAUCGUGCUGCUUCCAUCCGUGCAUACCGGCGGCGUCAUCACGUUCACCUACGGCAACCACUCGGAAACGUUUGAUGACGAUACGUCGCUGCUUGAGACGUCGUUUGCCGCCGCGUUUCUCUCCACCGUGUCUGCAUUGUCGACGUCGUCGGUGUCUUGGACUUUCUCAUGCGCCGACACGCGCGAGCUUCUACUGGGUGCGAUACCAUACUUUGGCUUCCAUGGACCAACGCUGGUCAAGUCCAAGCGCAUGUCACCUGAAGAGGAGAUUCACAUGCUGAUGCACAAGAAUGAUCUGCCUCGCAACUUGUCGCUUCUUGAGAAGAUGCAGCGGCUCUUGACGGCGCUUGGCGACGUGGCAGUCUCGGCCACUUUCAUCGACACCAUCACGAUGGGAAUCGGUCGCUUAGUGGACGAUAUCGCACCAGUCGUCCAUAUCCUCUUGGUCAAGCAUGGCUGGGAGGCCCUGCAGUCGUCGAUGCUUCGGCUCGUCCAGCGCUGGAUCGAGACCGACCCAGACGCCACGAUGCAGCUGCUCAUGAGCUUGGCUGGUCUCAAUACCGAGUCGUCCGUGUGUCCACCGCUGUCUCAACCGUUUGAGGCCGAGCUCUUCAAGCGCUGCUACGACGUCGUGCUGGCAACACCCAGUCUCUUUACUGAGACAAAGGGUAUGCUGCCCCGUGGCCCUACCUCUGUCAUGGGCCUCUUCUUGCUCGAGCACUACUUGGCGACGACAGCGGCGCAGCUCCAAGACGCCCACUACGCGAGCCAACGUCUGCCUUUGAGUCUCGUGCCGGCCAUCGACGCCUUCCUCUUUGCGAACCCAUCUCUCAGCAGCUUGUUCUGCUCCUCGGCCGAGUGGCACCCGCUCAAGGACCUUGGUGUCGGGCUGGCGUCGGCCGUGCGCUGCCAACCGUCGCUGCCACUUCCACCGGCCAUGAUUGACGAGGUCCUCGCAGCCAUGCAAGCACCCAUGACGCCGCGCCUCAAGAUUCGAAUGGCGCACCAACAAGCCGACAUUGCCGCCGCGGUGCUCGUCUUGGCGAGUCUCUCGCAGCGUCUUGACGCAGCACUCUUUGACAUUUUGGUCGACAUUUAUGGGCUUCGACUGCUCCCGAUCGUCGCCUCGAUCGCCUCGCAGCUACCGGACGAUGCGAUCGUGGGCCAGCUCGUUGCUGCGUACAUUGACAGCUCGGUAGACACGCUCGUCGACGAGGCCAAGUGGCCCGAGCCGUUCAACCGUCAAACGUACACCGGUCGGUACAUGGAAGCAACGUACACGUUUGGUGCCGACAUCUUUGUCAGCGCAGUGGAGCUUUUGCUUCGCUUUGCGCCCGACACGGCCCUUGCGUUUGCUUCGAGAUGGCUGCAAUUGCUACCGACGACGCUCGACGAGCUCCAUGACCGACUUGUGCCGGUGGUGCCGCGCCUUGACCGCCACAGCUCCGUCUUUCGUUUGCUCUUCUCGGCGAUGAUCGAUCGCUUUACCGCAGUGUCGGAGCUGCUCAACAUCGUCAGCUUGGCCGCGCCAUCGCCACGAGAUGUCGACCCCGACCAUUGCAACCAGUGCCGACAUGCGGAUUUUUUUUUGGCGCAAUCGGACAUGACCAAUUUGAAGCUAUAUCGAAGCAGGCCCGACGUCUGCGUCGACCUCGCUCGGGUUGUCGACGCGAACGCCACGCGGCUCUGUUUCGUGACCGGCGACGACGGCAAGUGCCGCCUCGAGAAGGUGCGCCAGCCCAAUCAAGCGUCACCGACCGAGUGGGACGUGCACCACGCCAAGAUGAAGACCCAUGCGCGCAUCGCGGCGUGCAUUGCGAGUUUGACAAGCACAGUGGGUGGCGAGCCAGAGGAUGCAUCGAACGAGUCGACGGAGCCACCGGCCAAGCGCGUGCGGCGGUCGUAA